CAAAAAUUCUAAAAGUGUUAGUCAUGUCUGAUACCAGUUCUUAUUGCCCAUUCUUAGGCUGUCCUGCAGCAAUGGACUACAUCACAUCCCAGAGCCAGCAAGUGGAAAAAUACACUGUUCUGUCCUGGAGCAAGACAGUUAUUCUAAAUUGCUCCCAGGGUGCUUUUUGUGGCGGCUCCACUUAUCUCUCCAGUUCAAAGGGGUUGAGUUGAAUGCAAAAGCCAAAUCUCGUUUGGACCUUGUUUGGAGACAACAUGUAUUUUCCCUUCUUCCUCUUCUCCUUCUCCCCCUCAUUCAAUCUACAUUUCCCUAUCUCUUUCUCUUCCUCUCACUCUCUUUCCCCCUCGUUCACGCUCUGUUCAAACUCACUCUAGCCCUCACCGCGCUUGUCUGACUAGGCAUCUGAUUGGCUGAUGCGCUGCUAUGAUGUCAUUUCAGAAUGUUAUAAGAGUUCUGACGGACCGCCUGGAAGCGACAUUAGUAGAAACACAGCCCCUGCGCGCAAGCUUACUGUGCGUGUGAGUGAGAUAGAGAGCCACAGGCACAGAGAGUGAGAUAGAGAGCCACAGACACAGAGAGUGAGAGAGUGAGAGAGUGAGAGAGAGAGUGAGAUGACAUUAUGACGUGGGAAAGUAUAAACCAAGGAACUACCCUAACUUGAAAAGGACAGUUAGGAAAACGUGUAUGGGAGGCCAGGACUGGGACAGCAACUUGUGGAGACGAUGGGCAGCCCUGUGCCACCCCUCAACGCCACGGACACAGCGAACAAGUCCUUGGUGCCUCCUGGGUACAGUGAGUUGGAGAUGGUCCUCCUCGGUAUGGUGAUGUCCCUUCUGAUCGUGGGCAUCGUAUUUGGCAACCUCCUGGUCAUCAUUGCCAUCUAUCGGUUCCAGCGACUCCAGAACGUCACCAACUGCUUCAUCACAUCACUGGCCUGCGCUGACCUGGUCAUGGGUCUCAUCGUGGUGCCGUUCGGCGGCUGCUACAUAAUUUUCCACACCUGGCACUUCGGCAACUUCUGGUGCGAGUUCUGGACGGCCACGGACGUGUUGUGCGUGACGGCCAGCAUCGAGACACUCUGCGUGAUAGCACUGGACCGAUACCUGGCUAUCACUUCGCCCUUUCAUUACCAGUCCCUGCUGACCAAGUGUAAAGCACGCAUCGUUGUGCUCCUGGUUUGGGUGAUCGCCGGACUCAUCUCUUUCCUGCCCAUCCACAUGAAGUGGUGGACCUCGGACGACCCGCAGGCUCAGGAAUGCAUCAAGAACAGCAGCUGCUGUGACUUCAACACCAACACGGCGUACGCCAUCACCUCGUCCAUCGUCUCCUUCUACAUCCCCUUGGUGGUCAUGGUGUUCGUUUACAGCCGCGUGUUCCAGGAGGCCAAGCGGCAGCUGCGCAAAAUCGACCGCAGCGAAGGGCGCUUCCACGUGCACAACAACAACAUGGGCGCGGGGUUCGGGGGAGGGGGAGCGGCGCUGGAGGUCACCAGCGAGGGCCGCGGAGUCGCAGGAGCAGCCGCCAAGAAGCCCAAGUUCUGCCUGCGGGAACACAAGGCCCUGAAGACUCUAGGGAUCAUCAUGGGGAUCUUCACUCUGUGCUGGCUGCCGUUCUUCGUCCUUAACGUGGUGGUGGCCAUCUGGAAGGUGGAGGACAUCACGCUCACCUUCCGCAUACUCAACUGGAUAGGUUACGCCAACUCUGCCUUCAACCCCUUGAUCUACUGCAGGAGCCCCGAGUUCAGAUACGCCUUCAAGGAGAUCCUGUGUAUAAAAAAGGUCCGCUUCCCCAAUGUGGGGCCCAUUAAUGGAUAUGUGUACAGUGGACACAGCUGGCAGAGUGAACAGCAGGGAGGGAGGAGUAAGGGGAGCAUGGAGGACAGUGACCCAGCUGCGGACUUGAGCUUGGGGAGGGGAGAGGGGAGUGGGGCCGGGGCUGUAUACAUAUCGGACCCGAACGGGAACUGCAGCAAAGGGUUAACAACUGAACUUUAACCACUCGCCUUUGACCUCUUUCCGUUGGUAAGGGAACAACCUUUGGAGCAGAUUUUUUUUUUUCUGUGAUCUACCACUGUCACUUCACCAGGUCACAGAGAUAAGACUGGAUGGAUGGAUGGAUGAUGGGUGAUGGGUGAUGGAUGGGUGGAUGGAAGUGAGUAAAGCAAAUGGAACUUAUUACAUUGAGGACAGGAUGAGUGUUUGUUUUUGUUUUACUAGUAGGUAAGUUGAUGACUUCACGUUUAAAUAGCUAUGUUCUUUUAGCGGGAGAGAGCUCAUGUGGAAUUUUCCAUCUACCUCAGUGCGUCAUAUCUUUUUUUGCGUAUGAUUUAUCUAAAUGUGUCCCAUUAAUUCACCAACCACAGCAGCUAGUGGGCAGAAAGGCUUCCAUGAAACUUGACUUGGGUGACCCAGAAAAACCCACAGGAGCAGGGCACUUCGGAGGCUUAGCUUGAUGUACUUGUACUCCCCCUGGACGACAGUCCAUCACAGGGCUUUACCCCGAAUCUUUCUCCUUUAUACUGAGCCCCAAGCACAGACCUACCUGGUUCAUUGGUAUAUCAGGGAUCAAACUCCCGGGUCGUCCUCAAGGUGGACACUUUAACCAAAACAGCAUUCUGUUGGCGGCCACAGCGCACACACGCGCUCAUAACUUCCAAAAAUAUUUUACUCCUCAUACACGUUAUGAUGUUAUGACUACACCAGAUGCUUAAGGAAGCUGCACAACGCGAAACGUAGUUACUAAUUGGUACGAGAGAGAGACAGACAGUGGAAACCCUGAGCCUGUUGGUUAGUAGACGGUGUCAUCUUUAGACAGACAGACUUUCUCAUUUGUCCUCGCUUACUCUGCUCGAUUACCUUUUAACUAUUUCAAAAGGAGGCCAGUGUGGACGGAGACACUAGCCCAGGAGGUGAAGAAACGUGAGACACGCUGACUUUCCAUUAGUUUUUCCAUGGGCCAUUUUUCAUUUUUAAAGCAUUCCCCCGUUAGUGGAACUCAGAUAAAACAGACUUUUUUUUAGGAAAAGAAAAGAGAGAGCAUUCACAUAUUAUUAUUACAAAGCAAAUGUCUGUUUUGAUUAGUUGUGCUCAUAAUUACUCUUGCCGCUGUAAAAUUGCUAAAUUUUACAGAGGACUGGUAAUGUAUUUUAGAACCCAUCUCUCUCUCUCUCUGUCCUGAGAAAACUUUGGACUUCAAACACACACGCUUCUUUUCUUCUAAAGAGCUGCCGACUUCUCUCUACAUUAAUGUUGUAUGACCAUGGUAGAGGAAGAGUUUUCCAACAAAAUCUGAUAAUUUACCGUCAUAGAAUAUUUACAAUCGCUUUGCUUUAUAGUAGAACAUGUGAAUGAACACUUGCAUCAGGGAGACUGAAGAAGAAAAAUAUAUAUAUUGUGCUGUGCAAUUCCAGUAGCAUUUUAAAUUUCAGUCAUUUAGCAUAUGCUUUUACCCAGAGCGAAAUAUGGUGUGCGCUUAAGAUAGGCAUGUAAGAAUACCACACAUCACAGUCAUAAAGUCAAUAUUUUCUCAAUAAAGACGUUGUUAGCAGUCUGACUGCUUUUGAUCCUGAACAUCAAAAAUACAAGUCACAAAUAUGGCAUUGUUGUGAUCUAUGAUGGUCUAGUGCAUUGGUUCCCAACCAUUAAUCUAAACAUGGCACUCCCCUACUCAUUUAUUUGAUUUAUAAUGUCCACUGCUUCUAGUUCAAACUGCAAAAUAUAUUUUUAUAUAGAUUCAAUCCAAAAAUAUGCAACCGUUUUCAUAGUUUGUAUAGCUCCUUACUCAUGAUGAAUAUAUUUUAUCUCUGGGUAAAACAAGUCUUUAGUUUUGGUAAAGGGGUUGGUGUGAGGGGCUUCUCCCUUGUUCUGCUUGUUCUCCCUAUUCCUAAUAAGAUUUGGCCAUGCUAAUGGGUCUCACAGGCAAAGUAAAAUGAUACAAAUGACUGUUUGUGAUGCAGUCUGCUAAAAUGAUACACAUGUAACAACAGUUUGAGCUCACUGGAUUUGAGAAAAAAAAAA